AUGGCUUCGGCGAUUAUCGACACACCUGUUGCGCAGCCCGAGCUGCAGCCAACAUGGUCCAACAGCACAUCCCAGUUUCCAGGUAGCCUACCAGACUUCUUUGCGGGCUGGUCUACCUGGCAAUAUGUUGUGACAUUUCUGCUCGGUGUUGUAGUCUACGAUCAAGGUAUCAUUAACUUCGAACAUGUGGCAAUGUACCUCAAACGCAAAGGUUCGAUUGCUGGUCCAGCAUUCAAGAUUCCACUCAUGGGCCCUUUCAUUCAAGCCCUGCACCCAAAGUUUGAGGAAUAUCUUGCACAAUGGGCGAGUGGCCCGCUGAGUUGUGUUUCCGUUUUCCACAAGUUCGUUGUACUUGCUUCCGACCGAGACAUUGCCCACAAAGUCUUCAAAUCACCCGCUUACGCCGAGCCGUGCAUCGUACCCAUCGCCAAGGACAUCCUUGGCCACAAAGCUUGGGUCUUCCUCCAGGGGAAAGCCCAUGCUGAAUACCGCAGAGGCUUGAUGCCUCUGUUCACCAACAAGGCCAUGGCAACCUACCUUCCGGUCCACGAAAAGGUGCUGGGUGAAUACUUUGACAAGUUUGUCGCUGCGAGCAAGGAGAACCAGGGACAGCCCAUGGCCUUCAUGGCGCUCUUCCGCGAGAUCAACUGUGCUCUUUCGUGCCGCACUUUCUUCGGUGACUACAUCUCGCAGGAUGCUGUCAAGAAGAUUGCCGACGACUUUUACCUUGUCACUGCCGCGCUCGAGCUCGUCAACGUCCCAUUGUCGAUGUACAUCCCUUUUACCAAGGUCUGGCUGGGCAAGCGUGUGGCGGAUGCGGUUCAUGCCGAAUUCGCCAAAUGCGCUGCUGCUUGCAAGGCCAACAUGGCCAAGGGCGCGACGCCAACAUGCAUCGUCGACCACUGGGUGCUUCACAUGAUGGAGUCUGAGAGGUACCGCGAAAAGGUUGCUGCGGGAGAGACAGACGCGGUCAAGCCGACCAACAUGAUCCGCGAGUUCACGAAUGAGGAGAUCUCGGAGACCCUCUUUACCUUCCUCUUUGCCUCUCAGGAUGCAUCGAGCAGCGCCACAACGUGGCUGUUCCAAAUCCUCGCCCAGCGACCUGAUGUGGUUGACCGCAUGCGCGAGGAGAACCUGGCUGCCAGAGGCGGGGAUAGGACCAAGCCCUUUGACCUGCCGAUGUUGGAGUCGCUCACCUACACCAACGCUGUCGUCAAGGAACUUCUACGCCUUAGACCACCCGUCAUCUUCGUUCCCUACCUUGCGACGAAAAAGUUCCCGGUUACCCCCAACUAUACGGUUCCCAAAGGGUCCAUGAUCAUCCCAUCAUGCUACCCAGCCUUGCACGACCCGAACGUCUACCCCAACCCCGAAUUCUUUGACCCCGACCGCUGGAUCACCGGAGACGCGGAAUCCAAGACCAAAAACUGGCUCGUCUUCGGCGCAGGACCGCACGACUGCCUCGCCAGGAGGUAUGUGCCGCUUACAAUGGCGGCGAUGAUUGGGAAGGCGACGUUGGAGAUUGACUGGAAGCAUCAUGCUACGGAAAAGUCGGAAGAGAUUAGAGUAUUUGCAACACUGUUUCCUAUGGUAAGCUCCAUCCGCUAG